AUGUCUCCAACCGCCACAAAGACAGCAAAGGCCCAAUCAGUCUCGGGGAAGCCCAAUGAACCCCCACAACUGCACCCCGUCCACCUCAACUCGACCGCCGCCUCCCAAGCCGCCCGCCAUGUCUUGCCCGUCGCAGUAGCGAGCCUCUUCCUCGCGAGCUUCAAAUACCUCGUCGCCGACCCCGUGCCGACAAUGACGGCAUCGCUGCCCGUAGUGGCCCUAUUUCAGGUCCUCUACGCAUUCCUGUGCCUCCCGGCAGCCGGGUCCGGCUCGCCCAAGAACAGGAAGCACAAGCCCGGCGAGAAGAAGAAGGCCGGCGACGGGGCCGGUCCCAGCUUUAUCAUUGCUGCCCUCCUCUCCCUCCUGCUCUCGCUGAUCCUGGCGCCGCUCCUCCACGUCACCAUGAUCCUCUUCGGGGCGCCCCUGCUCACCCACGUCUCCCACACCUUCCUCUGCGCUGCCCACCUGUCCCUGCUCACCGCGUUCCCGCUUUUCUACUCCCACGGCGUCGACGCAAGCACUUGGGCUGCCGUUGCUGGGUUCAGGGCCCCGUUCGAUGAGACGUUUGGCGGGCUGCUGGGCGGCUUCCUCGGCGCCUGGCUGGGCGCCGUGCCCAUCCCCCUGGACUGGGACCGCGAGUGGCAGAAGUGGCCUGUGACCAUCCUGGCUGGCAUCUAUACCGGAUACGUGCUUGGACGCGUGCUGGGCGGCACCGUGCUCUUUGGGAAGCGAUUUUGA